AUGGACAUUCAUGUCCAACACUCCUGGAACAUGCCCGAACUGAACAAUGACCACAACGACGAACACCACCACCAACAGCAGCUCUUUAGUUACGGUCAAGAGCCCAAGUCAGGGACAGGGUCAGGGUCAGAUUCAGCAGCAUGGACGACCAUGACGCGCUCAAAGGCAUUAAAGUCCUUGGCUUUACUUGAGGCCCAGACGGCAGUCAAAUUCGACAAUGAGGGUCUUGUACUCGAAGCCCUCGAGGCCUAUGGCAAGGCCGUGACACUGCUCGAGAUGGUGAUGAAGAGCACCACCUCACCUGAAGAAUACAACCGCCUCCUGGCUAUCCACGACUCCUACAAAUAUCGCAUCCAGUCGCUGAACAUCGAAUCCUCAACACCAGCACUGUCAACAACAUCAACAACAACAUCAACAUCAACAGCAUCAACAACAGCAACAACAACAACGGCAACCACAGUAGGUCUCUGCAGCCUGCAUGAUGAACCCCCUUUGUCGCCACAGGGCGUUUAUUCUCAGGGACAGGGCGAUGUUCUAAAUAUGCACUCCUCCUCCGUCUCCUCCCCUUCCCGUGCAGGAUACGCAUUGACUCCUUAUGCAACAACAGCAAUUUCCAAGCCUAAUAAUGCAACCAUCAAAAGUAUCAACACCACCGACACUACAUCAACAACAACAGUAACAGCAACGGGUAUAAAAUCAACAACUCUCGCCGCUGCCGCCGCCGCCAUAGCGUCAAUAACAGCAUCAAUGCCAACAACAAUGAUGGUAAACACGACGACAACUCCAGCAGUAGCAACAGUCGACGAGUCUUCAUUGAAACAGAUCAAAAAACAGCCCCCUGCUCCUGGUCCUGCUCCCACUCGCUCUCAACCCUCCACUUCAUCCUCUGCCAUAUCCACUCCCACUCCCACCACUGCCACCACCAGCGCCACUGCUUCUUCCUCACAACAACAGUUCUCAUCAACUUCCAGCCCACCUCCAAUCCAACUUCUUGCUCCUCCCUCUCAAGAACACCGACUUCGCCGUGCCAGGGCUGGCUCCCUCACAACAACAACAACCAUUCACCCUGCCUGUCCCACUAUCCCCACCCGCACCGCCAGCCCCACCAUCCUCACCCGUCCCGCCAGUCCUACCAGUCCCUCAUCGUCCACAAUGUCAGGACAGUCGCCUCUACGACGGCAGGUGCGGCUUCAUGCCAAACCUAUCGUAGGAGGGCCGACUACCACCAUCAACAACCGUAUUAUCACUGGCAACCUGGUCUCUGCGGCUGAGCAACUCCAACUCAAAGCUCAACAACUCACAGGAGGAGGAGGGCCGACUGCCCCCACCAGCAACAAUACCCGUAUUACAGGCAACCUGAUCUCUGCAGCCGAGCAACUCCAACUCAAAGCUCAGCAACGACUGCAGAAGAAACCUUCGUUGUCACCUCCACAUAGUCCGCAUCCUGUUUCUUCUACCACUGCUCCAACAACGACAGAAGCAGCGACGGUUGGUUCAUUGGCGUUAUCUGCGCCACUACCGCAAACGCUGCGACCUGCCUCUCCAAGCAAGGUGACCAAGGAGAGCAUUCCCAUCGUUGUAGAGUCUACGCCGUUUCCUUCAUUAUCAUCAUCUGCGGCGGUGGUACCGCCUAGCAAGACGAGGCCACCAACACCAGAUCUGGCAGUCAACAAAGUCUUUAUGAACUCGCUGCCCAAUAGCAUACUCGCUACUCCUACACCCCCGCCCUUAAAAUCACCGACUUCUCCAUCGUCACCUUCGCCAUUAUCCAUGUCUUUCACGUCGGCGUCGUCCUCGACGUCGUCAUCGCCGCCUUCGUCGCCCCUCCACCGAACGCUUCUGCAGGCUCGACGACAACAACAACAGCUCAAAAAACAACAGAAACUGAUGACACAGGCUGGAGCACCAUUGCACUAUCCACCGCGUCAACAGUCGAUCCCACCACCUAAAAUCUCGACUUUGCUGUCACCCGAGAGCUCGCCAGAGCCCAACAACAACGAGUCGACAACGAAAGCAACGGGCCUUCCUCAGCAUCAUUCACCACGGGAAGAGAUGGAUCGUAAUGAGAUUGACGAAUGGCUACCAAAGUUCCUGACAAAGGGAUUCGAUCUUUCUGAGUCCUGGCUUGGCGUGCAUGAGCUCUCGGCGGAUCCACUCCCACGACAGGGUUCCCCCACCAAAGGGCCGUUGGACUAUGAUGGCUCUCAGAAUGCAAGACCAGACGUGGAGCGCAAGAAGCAUGAACCUAGUACAACUGCGGUCAAUGAGAAGCCCUUACCAGGAAACAAGAAGGCAGUGAACGGGAAGACCAUAUACCACUCUCAUCGACGAUCGCUCUCACAAUCGUCCCUCCCACUUCAACCACCAGCUCAACAGCAACAACAGCAACAACUUUUGUCGCCACCACCGUUACUGCAACCUAACCAGCAAAACCAAGGACGCCCCUCGGAACAACCAUCGCGAAUUGCACUCUACAGUCAGACGCUUGGCUCACUCUCAAUGACGUCUCUGCAUCUGUUCGAUAACGAACCGCUCACCGCUGCCGAGUUCUUGUCUUCGAGUCCCAUUCGAACACAUUUUCAUAACAAGUAUCAAAAGAAUUCGGAUCAGGAUAAGGAUCGACCGACGAGUCCACAGCAUCAACAUGCACAGAAUUUUGAGAAGCACCAGAGGCAGAGGCAGCAUCAACGGAAACAGUCGCAGGGUCAACCUUGGGUCCUUGUCCCUCGAGCUCAGCAGUCUAUCACCAUGCUUCGGAGUCAGAGCAGUUUCUCGCAGUUGAGUAGCACUUCUGCGGCGCUGCACAGUCCCACGACCACCAGCACCACCUUUGCCGGUGGGAGCGUUCUCUUGGACUUUGUUUCGUCCGACGACCCACUCGGAGGCUUGAGCAUCCCACGAGGUCCACCACCACAAAUCCCACCGCAACCCACAGACCCAUUCCUCCGAUGCUUCUGGAUGAUGCGCCAACUAGAACUGACAAUGACCACUGGAGGGUUCCUGACUCGCAAAGUCCACGUGCCCCGACAAGUUUGGUACCAACGCGCAACCAUGGUUCGCCUCCCCGCCGCAGAGGCCAAAGUCUCUGCCUGUCAUACUAUUACCCUCAUGCUGGAACAGAUGGUCGCACAGUCGAAACGCGGCAUGUUGAACUUGAUGAUUGGACCUCGUACGCCUGCUUCGUCAUCUUCUUCGUUUGGACCUUUGGAGUCGGUGCCGAGGUCAGGUUCGUCAUCGAGGGCGGGAUCGAGGUCGGGAUCGUCUUCGAGUUCUUCGUCGUUCAUCUUGCCGUAUUCGCCUUCGUCGCCUGUUACCCCUUCGCAGGCCUCGUUCCAGUCAACGUCAACGACUUCGACAACAUCAACAUCUGCGUCAGUCGCCACCGCCGCACUGGCUCCUCAAACCCUGACUAUCACUCAUCCACCAACCCCCACCACGCUCUCCCAACCCGCCUUCUUCACAUCCUCCACACCAACAUCAACAGCACCCGUAAAACCCACAAAAUCCGCGAACAGGAACAGUGGCGACAAGGGCAGCGGUACCACCGUCCUCCCUUCCUACAACUCGAUCGACACCGAGCAGGACCGAAUCUUGUUGACAAAAGAACUCGAAGCCCUUGAAUCGACAGCGCAACAUAUCUGGUCCAAACUCAGCAAGAAACUGUCGUUUGUCCAUCGGCCUGGGAAAUACUUUGGUCCCCAUGCUGUCAACGGUGCCACCGGUAACAGUGGUUCCGUGGGCAUUAAUGCUACUGCUACUGCACGACAGCAUCAGCAUCAAGCUCAGGACUUGCUCUCACCCCAAGAGCAUGAAUAUCAGGACGAUAUUGGCAAGGACAAGGACAAGGAGGGUCAUGCUGCUACGAACGCCAUUGGAGCUAGCAAUGAUCUCAAAAGCCAGUGGAAGCACUUUUCCAAGUCUGUCCAGAAAUCCAUGGCCAACGACAAAGUCGACGACACGACAGUAUAUACAGACUCAGUCCUACGUCUCUUCCAGUCUGCGACAAUCCUCGAGACAAUGUACCGCCACUAUACUGCUCUGUCCGCCACAUCGUCGGGUCCCGCAUACUUUGCCUCGUCCCUUCAGACCUACUAUGCCCAGAUUAUUAGCCGUCUCCGCCGGAUCGGCGAGUUUUUGAACCUCGUCAUUUGUGCGUUUGUGGUGCGCGACUUGGGCGAGUUCAUUGUGAAGUAUAAUAAGCGUAUUGGUGCAUGGAUUGUUGAAUAA